AUGUCGGGUCACAGAGAUGCUACUGGCCUGAGCAUUAUCCUGGUUCUAUCUUCUUCCACAGAAAAGCGGGCAGUGACCACUCCCAAGGCGCACUUGGUGGCUUCAGUAGGAGGGCAAGCUGAGCGGAGCUGCCAGUUGUCCCCACCGCGAAGUGCAGAGCACAUGUUGGCGCUCUGGUUCAGGAGCCCCCUCUCUGAGCUUGCUUACCUGUACAGAGGUGGCCGUGAAGUGAGUGGAGAAGCUGCAACGCAAUAUGUGGAUCGCACUUUUGUCAAAGAGGCCAUUGGGGAGGGCAGAGUGACCCUGAGACUUCAUAACAUCAGCACUGCUGCUGAUGGGCUCUACCAGUGUUCAUUUAAAGGUGGUGAUGUCAGCCAUGCGGCCAGCAGGAGCCUGACUGUGACAGCUACAAGCUUAGAAAUUCAGAUUGUUGUACAUCCUCCUAACAUCAAAGGUGUUUUAGUGGAGUGCAAUUCAGAAGGUUGGUUCCCACAGCCUCAAAUGGAUUAGAGAGACAGCAAAGGAGAGAUUAUUCCACCUACAUCCAAAUCCCACUCACAGGACACAGAAAAAUUGUUCAACAUGAAGAUGAGCCUUCUUUGUCAUAAGUCCCAUAAAACUGUUACUGGCUAUCGUCAGAACCCUGUAACUGGUGAAGAAGAAAUGACAACUGUUAUAUCAGAUAAGCUGUUUCUAUGGAAUAUUAUUUGGAUAUUAAUUCUGACUGCAACUCUGGCGUUGCCAAAGCUACUUCCUUGGGUAGUGGGUGUCAUUAUAUGGCUGCUUACACUAGCUGUAAUCAUCCCAACCAUUUUAAGUUUGCAUGCCAAAGAAAGAGUGUCCAUUUCAGAUGCGCUUUUCCAAGUGGAUACUAUGUCCAAGUGGAGACUUUGGUUGGAAGAUAUUACUGUGAUCCUGUGCAUUCUGAUUGUCUUCAUUACCAUGAUUAUUUCUUUCAUUUACUUUAAAAUCAGAGCUGAAUUCGAUGACAUCUUGACACUGGCCACUGGCUUCUCCGAGUCCAGCGUGGACAUGGAGUCAGGGGACGCUCUGCUCAUCUCACAGGCUGAACAGGAAAGGGUGAAACUUGUGAGGGAGAAGCAGCCCCUGACCCCUCAGGAGAAGCAGCCCCCGACCCCUCAGGAGAAGCAGCCCCCGACCCUCGACCCUCUGGAGAAGCAGCCCCCCUCAGGAGAAUCCUUCCAGGCAGCGCCUCUGAGAAGCGACCCUCUCCCCACUUUCUGUGCUCCAUUGUCCUCCUCUGUGCCUUGA